AUGUCGGGAAGCGCCGGAUUCGACCGUCAUAUCACCAUCUUCUCUGAGCAGGGUCGGCUCUAUCAAGUUGAAUAUGCCUUCAAAGCCAUAACUGCUGCAAAUAUCACCACCGUCGGGAUCAGAGGCAAAAACUGUGCUGUCGUGAUCUCCCAAAAGAAGGUCCCAGAUAAAUUGAUGGAUCCAGCCUCAGUUACCUACAUAUUCUCCCUCUCGCCAUCUCUGGGAUGCGUUAUGACCGGAUCAAUUGCGGAUGCUCGAGCUUCGGUUACACGAGCACGGGGUGAAGCGGCGGAGUUUAGAUACAAGUACGGGUACGAAAUGCCCUGUGAUGUUCUGUCAAAGCGACUGGCAAAUAUCAACCAAGUUUACACCCAGAGGGCAUACAUGCGCCCGCUAGGCGUUUCCAUGACUCUGAUAUCUUUGGACGACGAGCACGGACCUUCUCUAUACAAGGUCGACCCAGCGGGAUACUACACGGGCUACAAGGCCACGGCAUCCGGACCAAAGCAGCAGGAAGCCAUCAACUUCCUCGAGAAGAAGCUAAAGAACAAGGAUGCUGCGCCGGGAAGCUGGGAGGAAGUUGUUGAGUUGGCGAUAACAACGUUGUCUACGGUUCUAAGCCAAGACUUCAAGGCUACCGAGAUCGAGAUUGGAGUUGUCGGUGCACCGAAGGAGGGUGACGACGAACAGGGCGAACCACAGUCACUUUUCCGGAAACUAUCGGUUGACGAAAUCGAUAAGCGCCUGCAGAGUAUUGCGGAGAAAGAUUAA